AUGAUAUUUGAAGAUGCUGAUAUUGAAAAUGUAUUGAAUACUGCUUCAUCAAUCAUUUUCCCAGAAAUUCCUUCUAGCGAAGGAUGCAUCACAACCCAAUUCAAGGGUUUUCUUUCUGCACAAUAUGAGUUCCUCAACUUCAGCCAUGGUCAUAUUUACAACACCAGCAGGGCAAUUGAAGGUCCUUACGUUGACUUUCUGGAGCGUCUCGGUGGUGGCAAGAAGGUUUGGGCACUGGGGCCACUCAACCUUUUGGCCAUUGAGAAGAAAGAUUCAACAGGAUUUAGGCACCCAUGCAUGGAGUGGCUUGAUAAACAAGAGCCAAAUUCAGUGAUAUAUGUGUCUUUUGGAACCACAACAACUUUGACAGAGGAACAGAUCCAACAGAUUGCAACUGGGUUGGAGCAAAGCAAACAGAAGUUCAUCUGGGUGCUGAGAGAUGCUAAUAAAGGGAACAUCUUUGAUGAAAAUGAAGAAAAAAGACAUUAUCUUCCAAAUGGGUUCGAGGAGAGAGUGAAAGGCAUGGGGGUGGUUGUGAGGGAUUGGGCACCCCAACUGGAAAUUCUGAGCCACCCUUCAACAGGUGGGUUUAUGAGUCAUUAUGGAUGGAACUCCUACACGGAGAGCUUUUCCAUGGGAGUGCCAAUAGCAACAUGGCACAUACACUCUGACCAACCAAGAAACGCAACUUUGGUCACAGAAGUUCUGAAGGUUGGUUUGGUUGUGAAGGAUUGGUCACAGAGGAAUGCGUUGGUGACUGCAUCAAAUGUUGAGAAUUGUGUGAGAAGGUUGAUGCAAACAAAGGAAGGUGAGGAGAUGCGAGAGAGAGCAGUGAGGCUUAAAAAUGACAUCUAUAGGGCCAUGAAUGAAGGUGGAGUUUCUCGAAUGGAAAUGGAAUCUUAA